AAGGAGAGCAUACAAGAAUUACGGUACGAAUACAAAUAACGAAUACAAAUAAGACAGACUCAUUUUGCAGCUUUGUAUUUGACACGAGCGAGACAAGUGCACAGUGUUUUGCAGCUGGACAUCAUCCCAGUACUUUAAUAGUCACUUUAGAGCCACUUUAGGGAAAGUAGGCUGCUCUUGAAGAGGAUACAAGACCAGACGUAUCAGGUUUGGACCCAGUAGAUAUCUCUGGAUACAGAAACGUGUAGUAUGGCAUCCAGGAAGAAAGUUCUUCUAAAAGUCAUCAUACUUGGGGAUUCAGGUGUUGGAAAGACAUCUUUAAUGAACCAGUAUGUUAACAAGAAAUUCAGUAAUCAGUACAAAGCUACAAUAGGAGCUGACUUUCUUACAAAGGAGGUGAUGGUUGAAGACAGACUUGUUACUUUGCAGAUUUGGGACACAGCUGGACAGGAAAGGUUUCAGUCACUGGGCGUGGCAUUUUAUCGGGGUGCUGACUGCUGUGUGCUGGUGUUCGAUGUUACUGCUCCAACCACAUUUAAGACCCUGGACUCCUGGAGAGAUGAGUUUUUGAUUCAGGCCAGUCCUCGUGACCCAGACAACUUCCCUUUCCUGGUCCUAGGCAACAAGAUCGACCUGGAAAACAGGCAGGUGGCAACAAAGCGAGCACAGGCAUGGUGUCAGAGUAAAAACAACAUGCCAUACUUUGAGACCAGUGCAAAAGAGGCCAUCAGUGUUGAACAGGCAUUUCAAACCAUUGCACGAAAUGCUCUAAAACAGGAAACAGAAGUUGAGCUUUAUAAUGAAUUUCCAGAUCAGAUUAAGUUGGACAGAAAUGACAGCUCCAGCUCAUCGGCACAAAGCUGCGGCUGCUAACACUUGUGUACACAGACACUAACAAGCUCUGUUAAAUGAAAACAGAUUUGCACACUUUUUUCUCUUUUAAACUUUUACUUCAACACACACACACACACACACACACACACACACAGUAUGUAUGUAUAUACAGUAUAUGCCAAAAUGAUUUCAUUUUUAAAUAAAUGCAAACAAAUUGUCA